CAAGAUUAAUGGAAAAAUUUUGGUCCAAAGCAAACAAAUCCUGACUUGUGCAAACCCAAUUUGCUUUUGGUCACAAAUAACGCGACCGGUAAGUAGGUACCUGUAACCUAAGUUUAACAGCCUGAAAUGCAACUAGACCUUAGUUCAAGUUUGCGAAAAACUGAAACCGUGGACAUUCAAGGCGCAUGUGUCACUGGAAAAAUAGAUUACGCAUGCGCUGUGAAAUUUCAAAGAUGGCGGAAAGAGCCCGGCUCUAAACUCAUUGUAGUGAGUUAACUGUGUAAUAAAUAAAAAUAUCCGUAAUAAUUUAUCAGGAAAAAGAAUUAAGUAAGCACUAUUGAAGUUCGGAAUUCGAAUACAGAGCGUUUUUUUUUGAAAGAUGGGUAUUUUUAAUGCAUAGAUGGCUAAUUCCAUCCGCUUAGGUUUUUGGUUGUUGACAGAUCAGUUGCAAAUCAGUGAAGAUGAGUGACUGCAAUAUAUUACGCGAGUUAAUUGUGUUUUCUAGAUUUUAUUGUAAAACCAGGCUACAAUAAUUCUUGAAUAACUUUUUGAGAUAAGCAAGAUGAACAACGAGGAUGGGAUAUUAUAUCUAGAACAUUGGAAUUUGUGUCGCCUAGGCCUUUUAAAAUGAUUACGGCUACAUGAGAAACAAAAAUUUCGUGAAUAAUUGAAUUAUUAUUGAAGUAAGACAAAAAAUGUACCCACGUGCAUACCCCUGAAUUCAAAUAUGGAAAAGAAUAAGAAAAAGAAUACCGUCAAUGGAAAAUAUAAGAAAAACGGAAAGACAGACAACUAUGACGACAUCGUCACAACCUGUUGUUUGUGUGUUAAAACUAAAAAGAGCAAGAAGAAAAGUUUGAUUGCUGGAUGUAUCACGAACUUAGGAAUAUUUAUAAUUCUUCUAAUAUACACUUUAGUGGGAGCAUUUAUAUUUCUAGCCAUCGAAGGUAGCGCUGCUAAAGUGCACCAAAAGACGCUCGCUACAACUUCUUAUCAUGCAAACGAAUACAAAAAAUCCAAUACUGUUCCUAAAGUUAAUAGCAGUAUUGCACAAGUAAGUGCUGAAUUGAGAUCACAAACAGUUGAAAGUAUCUGGGAAAUAACGGUUUCUUUGAAUAUUCUCUACAAGGAAAAUUGGACAAGACUUGCUGCUCAAGAAAUCGCUAGAUUUCAAGAAAAACUAGUUGCGAGGGUUGCUGCCGAUGUAUCAGAACAAUACGGAGGGGCAAGAGCAUUGGAAUCUGCACCAGCUUUAGUCACCGAUGAUUAUGAAUGGAAUUUUGCAAAAGCGUUUCUUUACUCCUUGACGGUUCUAACUACCAUAGGUUACGGUAGUGUGGCCCCAAAAACUGCUUUAGGUAAAGCAGUUACAAUUGGAUAUGCUGUGAUAGGCAUACCGCUAACACUUCUCUACCUAUCCGUUGUAGGAGCUCUCCUAUCAAGACUUGCUCGGAGUGUGUUCAGUCGAGCGUUAUGCUGUUGUCUUUGCUCUAAAUGUGGCUACUGCUGUCUCGACGAAAGAACCAUCGCUGUUAAGGAUCACAAAGAUAAAAUGAGGCGACAGGAUGAUUACAGAACACAAACAUUGCAUUUGCAGGAACCCUAUUACGUUCGUUCACCAUCAGGUACCAUUAUAUCUGCGUCUCAAGCUAACAGUCUCAGUACAAACUCCAUUAAAGACAAAACUACCGGACUAAACUUUCUACGCGACUGCGAUUCCAUGAGCUGUGCUGACACAGAUUCUAAAGUAUCACUGCGUGGAUUUUCUAUUCUGGCACCGAUUUCUUUGUGUCUAACGGCCAUUUUUACUUACAUUUUCUUCGGUGCUCUUGUUUUAUACCAAUUGGAGGGAUGGAGUCCUAUCGACGGUGUUUAUUUCUGCUUUAUGAGCCUCAGCACUAUUGGUUUUGGACACUUAGCUCCUGGAUUGACUCAAAAAAAUGGCGCAUCGUCGGGCACUGUUUGGUUUUGCUCCAUUUACAUAAUGACUGGUUUGGCUUUGACGGCGAUGUGUUUCAACGUUCUUCACGAUGAAAUAGUUCACCGAUUAAGGCAUCACGAGAAGAUACUGAAAGGAAAUACUCAGAAGAUUUUGACCCCGGAAUUCUUGCAGAGAUCUUGACGAGACGAAAGUGGCAAUUUCACAGAAGAGACUGCUAUGAAUUCUGAAGCGGAAUCCCUACCAGAAGUACUGCAUCAUGUUCCGACUCCUAGAUAUGAUGGUGGCGCGAUACGUCGAUCUGUCUAUACUUUAAAGGAAGAAAAAGAACCAGAAAAGCCAAAUCAAAUGUAAUAUCCAAAAUUCUUUUGGAAUUUAACUUUUAACAUCUAGAUUUGAAAGGAAUGAAUGAACUGUAGAAAUAAUAGAAAUUAUUCUGAUAAAAUAAUACUCGUUUACUAAAUAAAAUGACUGAAGUGUUUGUUACUUACGUUAUUUAGGUAAAUAUAGUGCCAAAUUAGGCAGGUCUCAGUUGAUUGACUAGAGCUGUGGAUCCUCUAGUAAUUGUAUAAACCUAUAUGAAUAGGAGAUUAAUAUAUAAAAAUAAUAUUUAAAUAAGUGUUAUAUGAAUACGUAUAUAAUAUAUCAUUUUUUGUACUAUACUCGAUUUAUUAAAUACAAUGGAAUUGGGUUGAUGUAACUACAAAUGUCAAAUAGAAAUAUAUAUACGUAUACGUUUAUAAUAUACCUCUUAUCGGCUUUAAAGCUGUGAAAAUCUGGAUAUUCAUAAGAUUGCAAAAAGUCAAUGUACCUUAGGCCCGACAUCCACCAAAGCGAAGAUAUAUUCAGUCUAGCAGACCAAUCAGAUUCUCAAUAGGUGAUGUAAAAAAAACAUCACAGCAUCUCUCAAAAAUUUAUUUGGUCUACUUAAACACAUCUCCACUCCGCUCAUGUUAGUGGAUGUCAAGUCUUUUUAUCAAAAAAAAUUUUUUUUUUCUUUAUAAUGGAUAUUACUCAUAGAGGAAUUGAUAAAUAUAUUUAUGUUUGUCAGAGAGUUAUUGAUAAUUAUUAUAAUCAAACUACUUCUGUGAAACUUUUUCGCAAGAGUAGUUUAGUUCGUACAAAGUGUGAAUUUUAACAUCUACCUAAUAUUUAAGGACCUAAAGUCAUUUUGUGCAAUUGUAUGAAGUGUAAAGAUAAUAAAACAUUUUUAUCAAAUAAAAAGUUUUCUUUUGCUGU